UUCCUAUCUUACGUAUGUAACAUUUCACGUCCUUUACGUGUACCGUCAGCCAGAGACGCACGUAUCUUUUUCAGCGUGUACCACGUUUCGUGUCGAAAGACUUAAAAAAUGCGUUACGUGGCCGCUUAUCUUCUAGCUGCUCUAGGAGGCAAAGCUUCUCCUAGUCAAAAUGACAUUGAGAAGAUUUUGUCAUCCGUCGGUAUCGAGGCAGAUGCCGAGAAACUGAAGAAAGUAAUCGGAGAACUGAAUGGAAAGACGAUGGAUGAACUUAUUGCUCAAGGCCGUGAAAAAUUAUCAUCCAUGCCAGUCGGUGGUGGAGCCGUAGCUGCAGCUGCAGACGCGGCACCAGCUGGAGCGGCAGCUCCGGCUGAAGAGAAGAAAGAAGAGAAGAAGCCUGCGAAGGAGGAGUCCGAGUCUGAAGACGAUGACAUGGGCUUUGGUCUAUUUGAUUAAAAAAUGAAUGACAACAAUUGACUUGUGUACAAUAAACCACAAACACACACACACACACGUUAUAAUGACUCCAAAUUCGAAUGAAAUUUUUAAUGUUAUAA